UUGGAGUGGGAGCACAUCGAAAAGAGCUCACACCCUAACUAAAUUUGCCUAUUUUAGGAUCACUUUUCUGACAUUUCGAAUCACUGGAAACUUGUAAAGAUGGGGAGAGAAAGAAAAAAGUGAAGAGUCAAGAGAGAGAAACACUCUUUUAAGUAAGAGAGAGAAGAGAGAGAGAUCAUUAAGUCGGUCAAAGGAACCCACAUUGCGUCAAAGAGACUCGUUUCGUAAUCUCUUCUUUUGUUCUCUUUUUUGUUUUCCGGUUUCGAUUCUCGAAAAACGAAGACUGAUUGUUCUGCUCUCUCUCUCUCUCUCUCUCUCUCUCUCUCUCUCUUUCUUUCUUUCUCUCUCUCUACUCCUCUUUUUCACUCCCAAAAUCUGCGUAGUGUCUACAAACCCAUCUCUGUUCUUGAAUUUUCCGCUCUGAGAGAGCUGAUUUUGAUGCUGCCGUUAUCAUUGGUAUCUGUGCUUAUUCUGCCAUUUGUGAAGUGGGGAGUGGGGAAGGAAGGCGUUUUAAUUUAAAACCCUAGGUUGCUCAGUUGGGUAUGAAUAUUGGGUUCCAGUUUAAAUGGAAGAUUUUGAGGUUGUUACACAUGAAUAGGUUUCUGGUGAAUGGGAAUAUACUCUGUAAUGGCAGAAACCGAAGAAAAUUUUGGUGUUGACUGGAGAUCGCUAGUUUCAAGCCCGAAAGGUAUCUUCUCGGCUUUAAUAUCUGAAGGGUUCCCUUCGAGGUCUCUGCCUCAGAUUCUCACUGGGUCUGAUGCUGCUGCUGCUAUGGUCCCCGCCGAUGAUGAGAAAGCUGGAGAUGCUCCCGUGAGUUCGGAUUCGAAAGCUGAGGAAGGCAGAGUUUCGACUAGUAUGGAUGGUAAGAUUGAGGUUUCUGGUGAUUGGAAGCCUAACCCAGUUAGAAAUGGGGCAAGUAUUGCAGAGAGGAGGGCUGCGACUUGUGGCUUCAGUGCGCCGAGGAUUAAUACGCCUCGGUUUAGAUCCAUCAGCCCCUUGACAUCACCUGGGUCUCGUUCGCCUUAUCUCACCAUACCACCUGGUCUUAGUCCGACAUCGUUGCUUGAUUCUCCCAUCAUGCUUCCUAAUUCUCAGGCACAGCCAUCUCCAACUACUGGAACUUUUUCAUUGCCUCUGAGUAAUGAAAAUCCAAUGUCUGUUCCAUUGACUUCCGGUAUUGAUAAGGAAAAAGGUGAUGAGGUUGAUUCCUCGUUCAUGUUCAAGCCUGAUGCAAAUCCUGGUGGUUUGUCAUGUCUUCUUGGCUCAGAAAACCAGGUGGCUUCCUCCUCCAAUCAAGCUCAGAAUCUGGAAAUGACUGGUGUGAACCGCCCAAUUCCUGCUAUACAGCCAAACAUGAACUUUGAAUGCCAAAAUGGGUUUUUGAAACAAGCGAUGACAAAGAGCUACAGUACUGAUUCUCCUUCCGAUAUUGAAGUUUCUAAUAGCAUGACUGUGAAUAGUAAUUGUGUUACCACACAAACUAGCAAUUCCAAUGUUGCUAGUGAUCAAGCUCCUCUACAGGAGGAACCUCUGCAUGGAGAUGAUACUGGGUCACAGCAAAUUCUGGAGGGGGAACAGAAAGGGGCAUAUCCUUCCAUGGGAAUGGGAAAGCCAUCAGAAGAUGGAUAUAAUUGGAGAAAAUAUGGGCAGAAACAGGUGAAAGGUAGUGAGUACCCUCGGAGCUACUACAAAUGUACACAUCCAAAUUGCCAGGUGAAGAAGAAGGUAGAACGUUCUCUUGAUGGUCAGAUAACAGAAAUUAUUUAUAAGGGUGCUCAUAAUCACCCAAAACCUCAGCCUAGUCGUCGAUCAGCAGUUGGAUCGUCAUUUUCACUCAACGAAUUGUCAGACACUGGUGAGGGGCCUGGGACUUGUGUCAAAGUAGAAGGAGGUUCAAUUUGGAAGAGUAUUUCUCAGGGACCGAAGGAUCAUAAAGUUGGAUCUGAAUGGAGGGCUGAUGGUUUAGAGAGAACGUCAUCGACAUCCAUUUUAACUGAACUUUCUGAUCCACUUUCAACUGUGCAAGGGAAACACCUAGGUAUGAUUGAAUCUGCAGAUACACCAGAGCUUUCAUCCACACUUGUUAGUCAUGAAGAUGAUGAUGACGAUGAUAUAGCCACUCAAGGUAGUAUAUCAGUUGGUGAUGAUGGUGAUGAUGAGGAGUCUGAGUCGAAGAGAAGGAAGAAAGAGAGCUGUUUGAUUGAAGCAAAUUUGGCUUCUCGAGCUGUUCGGGAACCAAGAGUAGUAGUCCAAACAGACAGUGAAGUGGACAUACUUGAUGAUGGAUACCGCUGGCGCAAGUAUGGGCAAAAAGUGGUUAAGGGAAAUCCAAACCCUAGGAGCUACUACAAAUGCACUAGUGCGGGAUGCCCUGUGAGGAAGCAUGUUGAAAGAGCCUCACAUGACCUCAAAUCUGUGAUUACAACAUAUGAGGGAAAACACAACCAUGAAGUACCCACCGCCAGAAACAGUAGUCAUGCUAGCCCAAGUAGUGGAAAUGUGUCACAAGCUGGUCCUAAUGCUCAAACCACCCUAACAUUACCAGUAGGCACCAAUUUUCCUAAGACUGAACCACAAGUUCAGGAUCUUGCACCUCGCUUUGAGAGAAAACCUGAAUUCACUAAUGAAUUCUUGAGACCUGGUUAUCUUGGGGGUUUCCAUGGCGACAUAAAGCUGUCGGCUUCUGCUUGUUAUGAAAUGAAGCUGCCACCCAUGUCUUUUGGAUCCUUUGGACUGAAUGCAAGCCGGAAUGAGUCAAAUCAAGUGGCUUCUAUUGCUCAGGUUGUCCCAGAAUUCCCAAUUACAAUGCCAAUGAAUAUGCAUCGACCUGGAAACUUGCCAUUGACCAGCUUCGGUUUUAACAAUCAUGGAAGGCCAAUUGGUCCGGUUCAGUCUUACCUUGGGAUGCGGCAGCCUAAGGAGACUGACACAAGAUUCCUCAGGCCUAAAGAGGAGCAGAAAGAUGAUGCUGUUUAUGAUACUUGUCUGCCCAUGAGCAAUCUUGCAAAUACAUCGACUUCGGUAUAUCGUCAGAUGAUGGGAGGUUUUCCAUUGUGAAUACUAUUUGUUCCUCCAGAUGACAGUCCUUCCCCCCCCCCCCCCCCCCCCCCCCUCCCCCUCCAACCAAGCAAGGAUGGUCUAGGUGUGCCUGCAGACAGAAAAUUAAAGAGAAGGUAGCCCCUUUUUGUCUUUUGGCUGUUGUCAAGGUAACUUAAUACACAAUGUCUGUAAUUAUUCCUUGUUUGGGUGGAAUUAAAAUUGAAUAUUUUUCAGAUUGGAAUGUCUGUCUAGGUUUUCCUUUUA